AUGACGGCUCGUCGCAGCUCGAAGCCACAGCCGCCCCCAGCGCCGGCGCGCACCCUUGUCCUCGACAAUGGCGCCUACACCAUCAAGGCUGGCUUUGUCGCUCCCCUCUCCAACCCUCCCAGCGACGGCCCUCUCCCCGAAGGCGAUACCCCGUCACAAUGGACCUCCACGACCACCGACGAUAUCGAUCCCCGCGUGAUCCCCAACUGCAUCGCCCGCGGCGCUGACCGCAAGACUUACGUCGGCUCCGAGCUCGACACAUGCCGCGACUUUGGCGAAAUGGCCUUCCGCCGGCCCGCAGAGAAGGGCUACAUUGUCAGCUGGGAGGCCCAGCGCGAAAUUUGGGACCGCGAGUUCUUCGACGACACUGCCCCACUGCGCUGCGACCCGGCCGAGACGCGCCUCAUCCUGGCUGAACACGCGGGAAAUCUGCCCAUCUUACAGACCAACUGCGACCAGAUGGUGUUUGAAGAGUUUGGCUUCAUGAGCUAUUAUCGUGGCAGUGGCGCGUCUUUCAAUGCGUACAAUGAUGUUCAGAGGACGCUGAGCACUUACGGACUCGAUCGGCCUGCCGAAAUCAUGCUCCUGAUCGACUCGGGCUACUCCCACACCACCAUCACCCCCUUGCUCAAGGGCCGACCAUUAAAUCAGGCCGUGCGACGCCUCGAAGUUGGCGGCAAAUUCCUCACAAAUUACCUCACCCGCAUGCUAUCUCUGCGCCACUACGACAUGCGCAACGACACUUACAUUGUCAACGAAAUGAAGGAGAUGGCCUGCUACGUCUCACUCGACUUUGCGGGUGACCUCGACAAGACGUGGAAAGGCACGCGCGGCGAGAGGCGCGAGGCAUUCCUCACGGGUGGCGGCGUGGCCAAGGACUACGUGCUGCCCGACUUCCACACGCGUACAAAGGGUGUGGUACGCGACUACGAUCCCACCCAAACGGCGCGGUCACGCAAGCUCGCGGCGCAGCUUGGCGAGACCAGCGAGGACGUCCUCACUCUACGCAAUGAGCGCUUCACGAUCCCAGAGAUCUUGUUCAACCCCUCCGAUGUCGGCUUGCAGCAGCCCGGGAUCGCUGAUGUCGUGUGGGAGUCCCUCCAGGCUCUUCCCAUCGGGUUGUGGCCAGGCCUGUUAGCCAACAUCGUCGUCGUAGGCGGCAACUCGCUAUUUGAGGGCUUUGUAGAGAGAUUACAGGAUGAGAUUGUCCAACGGGUGCCGGACGAGUGCCUGGUCCGUGUCGCCAGGCCUGAGAAGCCACUGUUCAGCACGUGGCACGGCGCUGCGCAACUGGCAAGACACCAGGACAUUGAGAAGCUCGUUGUCACGAAGCAGGAAUAUGACGAGCACGGCGCUACCUGGAUGGCGCGCAAGUUUGCUGCUGGACUUCCGCCGUGA